CCAAUAAGAAAAAAGAAAGAAAAAGAUUUGGAUGCAGUGAAACUGACGAGAAAUGCGCAAACUUGAUAAGAAUCUUCAAAGUACCUUUUGGUUUCGUUCCCAGAAAACCCAAGGGUUCAAGAAAAGGGGAAGAAAAGAGAGAAAUAAACAUAUAGAGUUAGGAGAUUUGAAUAUAUUAAUCUGUUAGAACACGGUAACAUGUUGUUGUUGUCGUCUGUUGGGUUUUAAUGUCCGAAUCUUGUGGGCAAAAAGUCAUAUGCACGCACCCAUUUGUUUUGAUUUGAAAAGCUAUCCAAUCAAAUGUGAAACAAAAGCACAAAAAUUUCACUUAUUUUAAUUAAUUUAUUAUCGGUAAUUAGAUGGAAGCUAGGAUUUGUUUUUGGGUCAUUUUUCGUUUAUCAAAAAAGAAAAGAUCAUAGAAAAUUGGAUUUUUGAAAAAAAAAAUUUAAUGUGUUAUUGUUUUUGUUUUGACCCGAUUGGGCAUGGAAACUGUAGUAAAAAAACUGACACUUUCUCUGAAAGAAAAAGGUCUUUGAUUGAUUGUCAAUUAAUACAUUUUACUAGUUAGUCCUAUUUUCAAUUUAUUUAUUGCGUGACUCUAUUUUGUGGAUGAUUUUGAUUUUUUUUUUUUUUUUGGUUCGGUGCGUGAGGGAGAUUUUUAUUAGAGAAAGAAAGAGAUGUCCUUUCGGGUUUCCUUGAGAUUUCUUUAUUAUUAGUCCUAUUUAGGGUUCCUUAACUUUACUCUUGUUAUUCUCCUUCGAGUUUUUGGUUUUCGAUUCUGUUCUUAGGUUGCUUCAGUUCUGGGUUUUCUUUUUUUUUCCUUCUAAUUCGGUAGUUUUGCCUCUUUUAGCCCAUUUAGAUUGCUAGAUUUUUUCUUGCUCUUCUCAUCUGGUUCGUUGGGUUCUCUUCAAUUUCAGACUGUUUUUCAGGUCUGCUUUGAAGGGUUCCGUUGUCUGGAAGAAAGUUUGCGGCUUUUGCUGAAAUUGGUAAUCUGGGAUCCACAGAUUUCUAUUAAAUUUUUUUAGGGUUGGUUUUUUAUUUGAUUGUGUAGCUGCGUUUAGCUUUUGUGGAGGCAUUGGUGCAAUUGCGUUUGCUUUCUGGGCAAGUGGUUGCUCUCUUAUUUUUGGAAUAUAUUUGAGGGGUCUUGGCAUGUAUGCAUGAUGUUUCAUGCUCAAGGUCCUUCAAGGAAUCAUUGCAGUCUCCUUGCAGUCCUCUGUAGCAAAACUCCUGAUAGUAAGCAGAAGCAGCAUCCUUCUGGUGAUAAAUCCAGAUAUCCUUUUCCUGAACUUGCCUCUUCUGGACGUCUCGAGGUUCAGUUACUGACUAACCCAGGCGCUGGUGACUUCCGGCGAGUGCUUCAGUCAUCCGAGCCCAAUAUUGUGUACUUGCAAGGAGAGAUAAUUGAAAAUGGUGAAGAAAUUGGUUCCUUCAGAUGGGGAGAUGUUGACUUGUCCACUUCAGAAAUCUUAUGUGAAUUAUUUGGUUCCAUAUUGCCUGCCACGGUUUAUUUAGAAAUUUCAAAUGGUGAAAAAUUGGCCGAGGCACUUCACUCCAAGGGAGUUCCCUAUGUUAUAUAUUGGAAAAGUAAACUUUCGUGUUAUGCAGCUUCCCACUUUCGUCAAGCACUGUUGUCUGUGGUUCAAAGUUCCUGCAGCCAUACGUGUGAUGCAUUCCAACUUGCUCAUGCAUCUUUUAGGCUCUACUGUGCAAGAAGCAAUAAUGUUGUUACUUCCAAUGGCCAAAAGAUGAGUGGUAAACCUGGACCACACUUGCUUGGGGAUCCACCAAAGAUUGACAUUACUCUCCCUGAGGCAGAGGUUCAGGAGGAUGAAGAAAGUUCUUCUGGGACACUUCCUGCUAUAAAGAUAUAUGAUGAUGAUGUGACCAUGAAGUUUCUUGUUUGUGGACUUCCAUGCACACUGGAUGCAUGCUUAUUGGGAUCAUUGGAAGAUGGGCUAAGUGCUCUGUUAAACAUUGAAAUUCGUGGGAGUAAACUUCAUAAUCGGACAAGUGCUCCACCACCUCCUCUGCAAGCAGGAACAUUUUCUCGUGGGGUAGUGACCAUGCGAUGUGAUUUAUCUACCUGUAGCUCAGCUCAUAUAUCUCUUCUAGUAUCUGGCAGUGCACAGACUUGUUUUAAUGAUCAGCUUUUGGAGAAUCAUAUCAAGAAUGAGCUUAUAGAGAAUAGUCAGCUGGUCCAUGCACUGCCUAGCUCUGAGGAAAGCAAAUUGCCUAUGUCUGAGCCUCGGAGGUCUGCUUCCAUUGCUUGUGGGGCAAGUGUUUUUGAAGUUUCCUUGAAGGUUCCUGCAUGGGCUUCACAGGUUUUGCGACAACUAGCACCAGAUGUAUCUUACCGUAGCUUAGUUAUGCUAGGAAUUGCUAGCAUUCAAGGAUUGUCUGUGGCUUCCUUUGAGAAAGAUGAUGCAGAACGCCUCCUUUUCUUUUGCUCAAAUAAAGGCAAGGAGCUCUAUGCUAACAACUUGGUUCUUACUAAGCCUCCUAGCUGGUUGAUACCUCCCCCCCCUAGUCGUAAAAGAUCUGAGCCGUGCAGAGAAGCUAAACUUUUCACUCCUAUUGGCCAUGAACGAGAAAAUGGUGGAAAUAUUAAACAGAAACUGAAUGUUGCUGCAAUGAGGCCAAUCCCUCACACUCGGCGGCAUAAGAUGUUGCCUUUUUCUGGAUUUUCUGAGGGUGAAAGAUUUGAUGGAGAUCAAGGAAAGCCUAAUUUGCCAGUUGCUCCUGCAAAGCAUGGUGCUGUUGGCCCAGCUCCUGCCUCACAUCGGAAAUCUCUGUCAAGCUCUUAUCAGGCUCAGCAGAUUAUUUCUCUAAAUCCGUUGCCUCUAAAGAAACAUGGCUGUGGCCGAGCACCAAUACAAGCUUGCUCAGAGGAGGAAUUUUUGAGGGAUGUGAUGCAGUUCCUGAUCCUUCGGGGACAUACUCGCCUUGUUCCACAAGGUGGACUGGCUGAGUUUCCUGAUGCGAUCCUUAAUGCAAAACGCUUGGACCUUUUCAACUUGUAUAGAGAGGUUGUUUCAAGAGGAGGCUUUCAUGUUGGGAAUGGCAUCAACUGGAAAGGACAGGUUUUCUCAAAGAUGCGCAAUCAUACAUUGACCAAUAGAAUGACUGGCGUUGGCAACACAUUGAAAAGGCAUUAUGAAACUUACCUUUUAGAAUAUGAAUUAGCCCAUGAUGAUGUAGAUGGAGAAUGCUGCUUGUUGUGUCACAGUAGUGCAGCUGGUGACUGGGUGAAUUGUGGAAUAUGUGGUGAGUGGGCUCAUUUUGGCUGUGACAGGAGGCAGGGGCUUGGUGCAUUUAAGGAUUAUGCCAAGACAGAUGGACUGGAGUACAUUUGUCCCCACUGCAGUGUUACAAAUUUCAGAAAGAAAUCCCAGAAAACAGCAAAUGGAUAUUAACAGUGGCUUUGAGGCCCAUUGACCCACACUCUCCUUUGUCUUACACUUUCACUUCAUUUUGUUUCUUUUUCUUUUUCCUAUAUAAAUGCAUAAGUAGGAAUGUAAUUAUUGUAUUGUAUCCCACCCCCCAUUGUUGUUUCCAUAUAGAUUAGGCCAUUGAGAAGGUCCUCCAAUUUUUCCCCUUCAUCUGUCCUAUACUCUGGAAAGAGCCAUUUCGAGUAAGAGUAACUGUAGAAUAUAUACAUAUAUAUAUUUUUUUAAGAUUAAUUUAGUCA